AUGGACGCGAUCGCCCCAACAGGCUUGUCAUUAUGGCUCAUCCCAUCCCAGCCGUGCAAAUCUCAGAUCCAGACCAUCAUAAACGACGUGGCAGAUGCUGAAAGAAGCCCUAAAUUUGAGCCACACAUGACGGUCGUCUCCGUCGAGUGUCCAAACGCGGUCCCACCUCUAGACGCUUGCCUAUCGCCCAUUCUGCGCAACUUCGAGCGACUGCGUCUCGGCUUCAAGGAACUUUUCAUAGGAACGGAUUAUUUUGUGUCGGUCGCGAUUGCACUAAGCCCAAGUGGCCCACUCCUCGAGUUCAGAAGGGAGAUUGUCGAAGCAGUAACCAGAGAGUUGGGCGUACCCGUGCCAGAGAAGCCAUUCUUCCCUCACAUCUCACUCCAUUAUGGCGACAUCGCAGCAGAGGACCGGGAGAGGAUCGCAUCGCAUAUCCGGACCAAAGGCGUCGAGAGUGGCAAUUGGGCAGGGUUGAAGAUCGGCGGAGUUGUAAGCAACCUGCCAGAUGAGUUGUGGGUCGUAAAGACGGAAGGGCCGGUGGAGAGCUGGGAGGUUCUAGAGAUGAUUCAAUUCUGA